AUGAAUAAGGCACCCAUAGGAGAGAUUCAGAUUAUAGCAGGGGGUUUUGCUGGGGGAGGUGUAUCCACAUUUAGUAGGAAGGCGUAUGCACGGAGGGUAAGGUAUGAAAAAGUAUAUGUGACAAACAGAGCCCCAAAACACCAGAGGCUUAGCAAUCAGAUGACAGUGUCUUUUGGGGAGGAGGACUGGGAAGGAGUGUUGUAUCCGCAUGAUGAUGCUUUAGUGGUUACCCUUGUGAUAGCAAACUAUAUAACUAGGCGGGUGCUAAUCGACAACGAGAGCUCUGCAAAUAUACUAUUCCUGGAAGCAUUCGUCAAAAUGGGUAUCAGCGCCAAUAAAUUGACGCCCUCCCCAACACCAUUAAAAGGUUUCUUUAGAGAUACAAUACAGCCUGCUGAGGCUAUCACACUCCCUGUAACCACGGGAACGGGGGAGCUAAUAGCUACCACCAUGACCGACUUCUUGGUUGUAAAAGCCCCAUCCUCCUUCAAUGCAAUAUUGGGAAGACAGAUACUCAACCAUCUCAAGGCGAUAACAUCCACAUAUCACCUUAAGAUGAAGUUCCCAACAGAAUGCAAGGUCAUAGAGUUGCAAGGUGAACAAGCUCUAGCAUGGGAAUGUUAUGUGCAAGAGUUAAAAGAUAGUCGAAGUAAAGUUUAUGUUGUAGAAGGACAAAACGAAGCACUGGUACCAUCCCUUCCACCACCUUUGAUGGUGGCUAUGAAAAAAGGCGUGGAGGUUAGAGACGAGCAGAAGCAGCAACAUGUCGAGGCUAAUGAGCCAUUGGAACUUGUGACGCUGUAUCUUGACCGCCCCAGGACCACCACACAAAUUGGGACCCAAGUGCCAUCGAAGGACAAAGAAGCCCUGAAGCAAAUGUUGAUAGAACACAGGGAUGUUUUUGCAUGGAGUCAUGAAGACAUGCUUGGCAUAGACAACAACGUCAUUGAACACAGCCUGUGUGUGGAUCCCGCCCACAGGGCGAUACACCAAAAAAUGAAUUUUUUUCAGUUCAAAGAAGGUUACAACCAGAUAAGAAUGCAUGCAGCGAAUGAGGAGAAAACAUCAUUUAUAAUGGAUCGAGAGUUGUAUUGCUACCAGGUUAUGCCAUUUGAACUGAAAAAUGCGGGGGCGACCUACCAAAGGUUGGUUAAUCGCAUGUUCAAUGAGCAGAUUGGGAGGUCCAUGGAGGUAUAUGUGGACAACCUGUUAGUAAAAAGUAAGGAACCUGCCAGACACCUUGACGACCUACGAAAGGCGUUUGGGAUCUUACGCCAUUACAAAAUGAGACUAAACCCUGCAAAAUGUGCUUUCGGAGUUGAAUCAAAAAAAUUCUUGGGAUUUAUUGUAUCUGAAAGAGGAAUUGAGGCCUCUCCAGAUAAGAUAGGAGUCAUACUCAACAUGAAACCACCAAGAAAUCUAAACAAAACUUAG